UCGCCCGGCAGGAACUGAACUGAACGGAACGGGAAGCGCGCGGAACUCUUGCGGCCGGCCCCGGCUUCUGCAGCACCGGUACCAGCCGCUGCCUUCCGUUUCCGGGUGGCUGUGUCCUGGCGGCCGGGCACGGAGCGGGCAGGUAUGGCGCAUGGAAGUGAACGUGGCCAUGGCCAAACAGAACUCCCCGACUACAGGCAGUGGAAGGUGGAGGGUACUCCACUAGAGGAUGUCCAGAGAAGGCUGGCUAAACGUGGUCUUAGGGAUCCAUGGGCUCGUAAUGAAGUCUGGAGGUAUAUGGGUGGCUAUGCAAAACCUGUCACCUUAAUGGAAAUCUUUACUAGAGGACUCAAGUGGGGAUUUGCAGCUUUCGUGGUUGCUCUUGGCAUUGAGUAUACACUGUUUCCCCCAAAGAAGAAUGGAGGCCAUCACUAAAGGUCAAAUAUGACAACCUGCUGCUUUUUCAUUACUAAAAUGUACAGAAGACCAUUGCCCAUUCUGUACUUAUAAUAUGCGUAUUAAAGUAUGUCACAGGUAAAAA